CUUUUCCUCUCGAGCAAAUUCCAGCCAUGCGUCGGUGGGCUGCGUCUGCUCUCACCUCCUCUUCACGCUCCCUGCCAUCGCGCACGACGCGUCGGGCACAGAGUGCACUUGCCGCCGCUGCCCGACCUGUUCCGAAAGACUUUCCUCCGGCGAAGUCCACCGCGUCCACUCCAGGACCGUCAAUAACAAUCAAGGACUCCCGACCUGACCCAUUUCAUAUUGUUGCACCCCAGCUUGCCCAGCUGCGCACUACACUCUUCAACCUUCUUGGCUCCUCCCAUCCUGAACUUCAAACGGUAGCACAGUACUACUUCUCUCACCCGUCAAAGCAGCUUCGACCACUGCUUGUCCUUCUCUUCGCCCAAGCAACAAACGGUCUCGGACGCGCAUAUCCCCAAGUCGCGUCGUCCGUGCUUAAUGCCGGUGUUCCCAAUGCGUCUGCAGGCAAGACUGGCAUGGAACCGCUCGACGCGCCGCUUACGCGACACGACGUAUUGAACGACUAUAACCCCCGUAUGCCAGACGAUACCGCUUCUUUCUCCACCACCUUUGCUCUGCGCAAACCUUCGGGGCCCACCGGGGCGCGUUUCACACCAACCCCCGCGCUCUCCGAGUAUAGACCCGCGGUUGCGAACACCCUUCUCCCUACCCAGCAGCGCCUCGCCCAGAUCGUGGAAAUGAUUCACGUCGCAUCUCUGCUGCAUGACGACGUCAUCGAUAUGUCACCCCUCCGCCGAGGCGCUCCUUCGGCACCCAACGCGUUCUCGCCAAAACUCGCCGUGCUCGGUGGCGACUUCCUACUAGGCCGUGCAUCCGCCGCACUUGCGCGCCUUGGAUCGAACGAAACCGUCGAGCUCAUUGCGAGUGUCAUCGCGAACCUCGUCGAGGGCGAAGUUCUCCAGAUCCGUCCGCCUGAUGCACGUGUAGAGGCCGAACUCAACACGACGGUCAAGGUGGCAGAAACGCAAGGGGAUGCUGUACACAGUGCAAGCUGGCAGAUCUACUUGCAGAAGACGUACAUGAAGACGGCGAGUCUUAUGGCCAAGGGUGCUCGCGCGGCGGUGGUGCUCGGUGGAUGCGAGGAUGGGGAUAUCGCGAAGGAGGCCGCAUAUGCGUAUGGCCGGAACCUUGGCAUUGCAUUCCAGCUUCAAGAUGAUGUUCUCGAUUAUGCGGCAUCUGAGGCGCAGUUGGGCAAGCCUGGUAACGCCGACUUGAAGCUUGGAUUGGCAACGGGCCCUGCGUUGUAUGCAUGGGAGGAGCAUCCUGAGAUGGGUGCGCUGAUCAAGCGGAGGUUCGAGCAGGAGGGUGAUGUUGAACUCGCUCUUAACCUGGUUCGUCGCUCAUCCGGUGUUGAGCGAACGAGUCAGCUGGCACAAGCGCACGCCGACAAGGCCCGUGAAGUGUUAGCCUUCCUACCGCCAAGCGAUGCCAGAACAGCGCUCGAGGCGCUGACCGAGCGCGUCGUCAUACGCACUUGGUAAAUGCUAUGAACCAACUCCUAGAGCUUUACAUCAGGCUAGAGACGCUUCUUGAUAUCCUCAUUGUCGUGUCGGUUAAUGACAUGAUGUCUCGCCUCAAUCCCAUCUCAGCAAAAUAGACAGACACAUAUCUCGAGCUAAUACCUCUACAAACUUCAGUCGCCUUUGUCGUAGUCGGGUACACCAGAGGAGUGCUAGACCGUGGACAUGCAGCUUACGCACGUACGCACACACACACAUAAUCAUAAUUCA